AUGGACGAAUUUGCGCUGUCUGGCCAGACGAUUGAUUUGGCUCACUGGCUGAAUUGCUAUGCGUUCGAUGUCAUCGGUAACAUCACAUAUUCCAGGAGGUUCGGCUUCCUUGACGAGGGCGAAGACAUUGGGGGCAUCAUGGCAGCCCUCAAGAAGAUCGGUCGCUAUGGGUCACUCGUCGGGAUCUACAACAAACUUCAUCCUUGGCUAUAUGCAUUGAAUGAAAAGAUACCAGGCUCCGGGGCGGCGGGACGUACUUAUCUCAUGACCUUCACAAGGGCCAGGAUAGCAGAGCGGAUGGAGGCUCGAAGGAAGACCUCGUAUAAAGCGCCUGUCGAGUCCAUGGAUGAAGAGUCCGAUGUUCCUCGAGAUUUCCUGGACAAGCUCGCUGAUCGUAACCAGCAAGAUCCCUCCAAGAUAACACCAUAUGACAUUUUUGCAACAGGUAUGUCCAACAUAAUUGCUGGCGCGGACACCACGGCUAUCUCAUUGGCUAGCACAAUGUACCACUUGAUUACGACGCCUCGCGUGCUUCUUAAGCUGAGAGAAGAGGUGGCUCAACAUCGCGGCGAAACAGGGCGUUUGUCCUUCAAGCAGACCCAAGACAUGCCGUAUCUGCAACUUGUGAUCAAAGAGGCACUUCGAAUGCAUCCUGCCGUCGGCCUACCACUCUGGCGCGUCGUUCCCGCCGGUGGCGCCGAAGUUGCUGGGCAAUUCUUCCCAGCCGGCACGAGAGUCGGUGUCAACAGCUGGGUGACGCAAUACGACGCAGAAGUCUAUGGGCCGGACGUGUACGAAUUCAAACCCGAACGCUGGGAGGAGAAAGACACCGAAAAGCUUCAACGAAUGGAAGCAAACUGGAUACCUUUCGGCCUCGGGUCACGCACAUGCCUUGGCCGACACAUCAGCUUCCUGGAGAUGUCGAAGCUCAUUCCGGGAGUUGUUGCCAACUUCAACUACACGAUGACCAUGCCAAAGGAGCAGUGGAAGGGCAACAAUUUUUGGUUUGUCAAACCAGAGAAGUUGUCGGUCCAAGUGAGCAAGAUCAAGUCGGUUUGA